AUGCAGUGUCUUCGUAGGUUAUUUAUCACAACUCCCGUGGUGACAAUUGAGACGACGUUACACGUUAAAUUACUAUUUGUAAAUCUUUUCUUCACGCCUAGUGACGAGACAGUUUGUGAUGAUAACAACAGUUGGGUCACAGGGCAUAUACGUGCUUUUCUCAGCAGACACAAAAGUGCCGCCUGUGGUUAUUUUGUAUCUCGUAUAUUCUUCUUCUUCUUCUUCUUCUUCUUCUUCUUCUUCUUCUUCUUCUUCUUCUUCUUCUUCUAUAUGCUUUUAUUUUUAUUUUCUGUCUCCCCCAUAAUAUCUAUCUAUCUAUCUAUCUAUCUAUCUAUCUAUCUAUCUAUCUAUCUAUCUAUCUAUCUAUCUAUCUAUCUAUCUCGAUGUUCUAUACUAUCUCUUUUAUUCCGAUUCCAAAAUUUAGUGUCUGUCUGUCAUUCUUUCACUUUGGAUUUCUCUAUCUCUUUCUCUAAUUGUGUUUGUUCUUCUUUAUUUUUCUUCACAAACCGCCUUUCUAAAACGAAUAUUAUUAUCUAUCUAUCUAUCUAUCUAUCUAUCUAUCUAUGGUAUUGUGAACUACCCCACAUUAGCAUAAAGGUGAGUUGCUGA